UGCCGACUGCGCGUGCGCAAACGUCACUUGUGGGAUUGGGCGGGUAAUGGCAGGGAUUUUUCCUCCUCACAUUAAUCAAAUAAACACAUUUUGUCAGUUCCUCGGUGUGAGGCGACGACAUUUAUCAAUUUAACCGUUUUUUAUAACCACUCUGGUGUUAUUUCCUCCCUAGUGUUGGCUGCGUAUGGCCCGGCGGGAGGCGUGUGUCCGGGCUAGCAUGAGAGUUGACUGCUGCUUGUUUUUGUCCAGCAGCGAACUUUAGCAACGUCUAAUAAAGACGUCGAGGGAACACGACUCAAGAGGAGCAGUGUUCACUCCACCCCCCUCCAGCCUCGACGGGCCACUCAGGAGGGGAAACGAGGGCGAGGCGGGGGGAUGAUGCCGCCGGAUCCGGAUGCCGAGGCGGCGGUCCCGAGCCCGUCGGGCGGGAAAGGCGAGGGGAAGAAGGGCACGGCCGAGGGAGAAGAGGCCCUCUCCCUGGAUGACUGCCUGUGUCCCGUGUGUUUGGAGAUGUUUCUGGAGCCCGUGACGUUGCCCUGCAUGCACACCUUCUGCAAGGCCUGCUUCCUGGACUCGGUGUACAAGAGCACGCUGUACUGCCCCGUGUGCCGCCGGCGCGUGUCCACGUGGGCCCGGCAGCACAACAAGAACAAGACGCUGGUCGACCAAAAGCUGUGGGAACGCAUCCAGGUCAGCUUCCCGCUGCACUGCCAGCGGCGCCUCAGCGGCCAGGACGCCGACGACGGCUGCGGCCUGGCGGUUUUUUCCCCGAAGGUGAGUCAGCCCGGAGAGCUGAGACAGGAAUAUCAGGACCAGAUCAGCAAACUGUCCGAGGAGAAACGAGAGCUGGACGAGGAGGAGCGUCGGGCCAGCGAGGAGUACAUCCACAGGCUGCUGGCCGAAGAGGAGAAGGUCCUGCUGGACGAGCAGAGGAGGAGGGUGGAAGACGAGAUCCUGGCCAGGAUGCUCAGCAAGCAGCUGAACGCUGCGCCCGGCGACGUUACUCCAGCCAGGAGGAAGGCCAGCACGGGAUGCAUAGACAAGUUCUUGUGCCGACUUCCGUCCAAGUCGGAGCCGUCGGACUGCCGCUCGGCUUCCACUUUGUUUUCGAACAAGAACAUUUUGGUCUCCGGCGGGGAGGGCCUCCAUCAGGCGGACGUCUUCAGGACUCGGCGGGACCCCGCGGAACCCGCCUGUCCCGGUCCGGCCUCUCAGCUGGAAACGCGACGACGCGGGAUCCAUCACGCCGACGAAGGGACGUCCAAGAGGAAGAGCGCGGAAGUCGAUGACGCCCUCACCAAGAGAGGGCGCUACUGUUCCCCCUCCUCUCCCUCCUCGUCGGCUCCCCCGCCUCUAGGGGGCGCGCUGGGGCUGCAGGCAAAACUGGAGGCCCAGCUGGAGAGCCGGCGUCAGCAGGAGAAGGCCGACCGGCAGAUGGCGCUGCUCCUCCAGAAGGAGUUCGACCAGGAGCAGACGCAGCGACGCACGGACCGCAGCAAAGGCUCGGCCAACGCCUACCAGCUCAGACCCGGAACACCCGGCGCCAGCACCCAGAGUACGAGAACCUCCCUUCAGUCCCCGCCCUCUUCCUCCUCCUCCUCCUCUCGACAAGCGUCCGUCCCCCCGCCCCAAAAGCGACAGCCCACCCUCACUGACGUGUUCCCCGGGCUGGGCAGCUGAAGCCCCACAACGGGGACUAAAAGCAAACCAAGUUCAGCCUCCAGUACAGUGUCCAUCUCCAUUUUCCAAGUCGCUCAUCCUCACAAGGGUGCGAAGUGCUCGCUUUUACUGUUCAGCAUCCACAAAUUCAUGUUAGCAUUUUAUUUUUUUUUUUAUUUUAUUUUUUUUACAAACCUCCAUUAGUCACUAGAGAAACUCUUAUUUGGCUAUUUUUGUGUUAAGGCCAAAGCGGUUCCAUGUUGCUUUGCUCCCAUUUUGCGACAUUUAUACUAUCGCGUAGCUACUAUUGGGUAUUGGUAAUUUUCAGGAGCCUUUCCUUUGGUAUUCAAUGAGAAAAAUUCACAGUUUUUGUACUUAGGCCAAAGGCUUUUGUAAUAUAAAAGUCUUUGGUAUGGAAGUAAAUAUGUGCCGCCAGGAUUUGAAUUUGAAAUGUAAAGUGAUCACAUUUUCAAUAGUGAGCAACAAUUCGCCGUCUAAAUUCAGUAUUAAGAAGGCAGGGUUACUUCAGGUCAGAUCCCAGCACCCAGCCAAUCGCAGUUGCGUUUUCUUAGUCAUGUGACGUCACUUACUCCGAAAGCUUAACUGGAUUGGCUGGCUGUUCGGUUCUGACCUGAAGUAACCCUGCCUGGUGGCACAGACGGUGAAUUUUAGACAGCGAAUUGUAGCAACUAUUAAAAAUGUGACCAAUUUACAUUUCAAAUUCAAAUCCUGGUGGCACAUAUUUACCUCCGUACUUUGGCGCCAUCCAGAAGGUUGGAAUCGCAGUGAAUCUUCGCACAUUUGCAGUCCGGAAUGUGCAAAUUUGCCUGUUCACGUGUUUUCGGGGAAAGUGGUCUAUUUUUUUUUUUUUGUUGUUGUUGUUGUUGAAAGCGAAUGUUCAUGUUCAACUGAGGUGAGGAGCUUCAUUGAGUCAGGACAUAGACUUGUCUAAUAAAAAGAAAAGUGCUCUGCUGCCAUCUUGGGCAUCUGAAAGCAAUGACAAAUGUUUCUGGUAGGCCUGCGUGGCGUUAACGGUCAUCGCAAACCGCCGUGUUCAGAUGACGACACGCGUGGUUACGUGUGCUUCGCAGGCAUCCCGCACAUUUUGGAACGCACAAGACUGAUAAUACUGUUUGUGUUUUGCACUAAAGGACGAGAACAUUUUGGAAAAUUCAUCUGCUGGUGGGAAGCGGCACCGGUUUUCUGAAUGUCAAAUGUUAAAAAGUAAAAACUGUUGUGAAUCCUGGAAGUACGUCGAUCCCACUCCAGGAACUCGAUCUGCGUCAUGGUCUGUUUUGGGUUGAGCUCCGUUUUCCAGCUGUGAUGUCGCUUUUGUUUAAAUCCUGCCAUGUUUUAGUUUUGUAAAAAAUAAAAAUAAAGGAAUGUUGUUAAAAAUUCCUUUUUUUUUUUUCUCUGACGUGAAAAGAGUCCAAGGCAGUUUUCACGUGUGCAAAGGACACCACUGGGUAGAUGUCAUCGCGACCAACCGUGUCAGUAAAAUAAAGGUGUCACGGAACAGU